AUUGUUUUUAAAGACAUUUUAUUGAAAGAUUAAGUAUACUAAUUUAUCCAUGAAGUAUAAGUGUGAAAUGUAGGGGGGUAGUUGAGUGUUAUACAUCAGAAGGUAAAACUAUAGAAGUAGAGAGGUUCUGUUUUUGCCGUUGUUUCAUCCAUCUGUAAAACUAGGUGUAAUUGAGAAAAUUAUGGAGUUGUGUGCGAAUACAUCAAAACCACCACUUCCUGCUCUCUUUCUAUUGAAUGCCUUGAAAAAGCAGCCAUCUGUUAAAUGGGGCUCAGAGACUGUUUUACGAUCUAACGGGUUGUCCCUGAAAUCUGACUUCACAAUAGUGAGGUAUCUGGCACUUUCUGACAAAGAGGGAAAGUGGUUUGGCAGUCAUGUUUUAGACGAAAGCGAAGUGAACCACUGGGUCUCUUUUAGCAUUGGCCCACUUUCUUAUCCUGAUGAGUUUCAGGAUGCUGUAGCUUAUCUUGAUCAUAAGCUUAAACCAUUGACCUACUUCGUUGCUAACCAACUUACAUUAGCUGAUAUUGCAGUCUUUUCUCAGCUGCUUUGCAGCAGUAAUUGGCACAAUAUGGUUAAAGAAAACAAAUCGCCCCCAAAUCUAAUAAGGUGGUUUAAUCUGAUCAGUAAUACUGAAUUUGUGAAAAAGACGAUUGCAAAUUUGCCAGAUUCUAUUCAACUUAUACAAAAGGAGAUAAGCGGAAGAAAAGAAGAGGGGAAAUUUGUCGACUUACCAAAUGCUGAAAUGGGAAAAGUAAUUGUAAGAUUUCCCCCAGAAGCAAGUGGCUAUUUGCAUAUUGGACAUGCAAAAGCCGCUCUUCUGAAUCAGUAUUAUAAAGAAGCUUUCAAUGGUAAACUUAUUAUGAGAUUUGAUGAUACCAACCCUGCCAAGGAAAAAGUAGAUUUUGAAAAGGUCAUUUUAGAAGAUUUAAAACUUUUAAAAAUAUCUUAUGAUAUUUUUUCACAUACUUCGAACUACUUUGAUGUUAUGUUGGAGAUGUGCGAGAGACUACUUAAACAAGGCAAAGCAUAUGUAGACGACACAGAUCCUGAAGUGAUGAAAACAGAAAGAGAGCAAAAGGUUACGUCUAAAAAUUGGGCCAACUCUGUUCAAAAGAACUUUGAGAUGUGGCAGGAAAUGUUGAAAGGCACUGCAUAUGGGCAGAAAUGUUGUGUCAGGGCUAAAAUUGAUAUGAAUUCUCUAAAUGGAUGCAUGAGAGACCCUACUAUAUACAGAUGCAAAAAUGAACCUCAUCCCAAAACCGGUAAUAAAUACAAAGUGUACCCGACUUACGAUUUUGCCUGUCCCAUAGUGGAUAGCAUCGAAGGAGUCACCCAUUGCCUUAGAACAAUGGAGUAUCAUGACAGAGAUGAACAGUUUUAUUGGUUUAUCGAUGCCCUAGGUUUACGAAAACCAUACAUUUGGGAAUAUUCUCGUUUGAACAUGGUGAAUACCGUUCUUUCCAAAAGAAAACUUACCUGGAUUGUGGACAACAAAUACGUUACCGGGUGGGAUGAUCCUCGAAUGCCGACUGUCAGGGGAAUUAUAAGAAGAGGUAUGACAGUAGAAGGGUUAAAACAAUUUAUAAUUUCACAAGGGUCAUCACGUUCAGUAGUAGUAAUGGAAUGGGAUAAAAUUUGGGCAAUUAACAAGAAAGUAAUUGAUCCGAUUGCGCCACGGUAUACAGCAGUUAGUAAGGACAAUCAUGUUGUUGUCCAUGUUGAAGGUGUUAAAGAAGAAUUUCUAAAAGUUGCAAAACACCCUAAAAAUCCUGCUGUAGGGGAAAAAAUGGUUUUGGUCGGGCCAGAAGUCAUUGUUGAUAAAGCUGACGCUGAAGUUUUUAAAGAAGGAGAAAACGUGACCUUUAUCAACUGGGGAAACAUCUUAAUUAAAAAAGUUGUCAGGCAAAAUGGAGAAGUCACAGAAGUUAAAGCAGUAUCUAACUUGGAGGAUAAAAAUUUUAAAAAAACUCUUAAAAUAACUUGGUUAGCAAAAUCUGCUAAAGCAUCUUUAAUUCCAUGUUAUUGCCUUUACUUCGACAACAUUAUCAGUAAACCGAUUCUUGGAAAAGAUGAAGACUUUAAAGAUUAUAUAAGCAAAGAUACUAUGACUGUAGUUGAAACCUAUGUAGAUCCAGAUCUGGCAAGCUUGAAACAAUCUGAUAUAAUACAACUACAAAGAAAAGGAUUUUUUAUCUGCGAUAGAAAGUAUCAUCCUCUGAAUGAAUACACUGGGGAAGAUUGCCCCCUGGCACUUAUUGCAAUCCCUGAUGGCCAUACAAAAGAAAUGCCAACUGCUUCUGCUGCUAUGAAGACUGCAGUAAAAGCGCCGACUCCUGCUCCUGCCACCCUAGAUUCGAAAGAAUUAUCAGAUCAAAUUACAUCACUCGGUAAUAAAAUUAGGGAAAUGAAAGCUUCAAAAGCUAGUAAAGAUGAUGUAAGCAAGGAAGUCAAAUUACUUGUAGAGUUGAAAGCUUCCUAUAAACAUGCAACGGGGCAUGACUGGAAGCCGAUAAAUGUGACCCAAGGGACCACAGAUUCGAGUUCAGCAGUAGCUAGCAACCAAGUUGAAGAGCUUACAAAGAAAGUAAAGGAGCAAGGUGAUGUUGUUAGAGAACUAAAAGCAAAAAAAUCACCAAAAAGUGAAAUUGAUGCAGCUGUUAGCAAACUUCUAUCAUUAAAAGGAGAAUACAAGCAACUGACAGGAAAUGAUUUUCCUGUAGAAGCCCGACAGACUAAAAGUGCAAAUAAAGAGAAAAACGAACCUAAGAUUCAACCGUCUUUGGCCUCAGUUGAAUCAGAACAAUUGAACGAAAAAAUUACUCAGGUUGGUAAUAAAAUAAGGGAAAUGAAAAGUGCAAAGGCUAGUAAAGAGGAUAUAACCAAAGAAGUGAACCAACUUUUGCAGUUGAAAGCAUCUUUCAAAGUUUUAACAGGAGUUGAAUGGAAACCAGUUGAAAAAAAGACUGUACCUCAAUCUUCAUCUCAAAAUAAUCAAAUAACAGAGCUGACAAAUAAAAUCAAAGAGCAAGGUAAUCUAGUGAAAGCAUUGAAAUCAAAAAGUGCUCCAAAAGAAGAAAUAACUGCUGCAAAUAUUCUUUUAUCGCUAAAAGGAGAAUAUAAGCAGUUGACUGGGAAUGAUUAUCCUACAGACGAUCAGUUAAAAGAUUUAGUCACAGAAAAGGAAGGGUCCAAAAAUAAGGAAACCAGCGAACAAACUACUGAAUCGGUAAAACUUUCAGACAAAAUUACUCAAGUGGGAAAUAAAAUUCGAGAAAUGAAGGCUCAUAAAGCUGAUAAGGAAGAAAUAGGUAAAGAAGUGAAACAGCUUUUAGAAUUGAAAGCGUCAUACAAACAAUUAACAGGUCAAGAGUGGAAUCCAGCGACUGCAAAACAAGAAACUAAACCUAAACCACAAUCUCAACCUCAAACGCAAACUACCAAAGAAGAAAACAAUCAAGUAGCAGAAUUAACAAAGAAAAUUAAAGAACAAGGUGAUACUGUUAGAGCUUUAAAAUCAACCAACUCUCCAAAAGAUGAGGUAAACAGUGCAGUUAAUACAUUAUUGUCUCUAAAAGCUGAGUACAAACAACUGACUGGCAAUGAUUUUCCUGUAGAAAGUCGGCAGAAUAAAAGUUCAAAUAAAGGAAAGAAUGAAUCUCGGAAUGCCAAAUCCAAAGUUGAGCAAAAGAAAGAAACAGACAGUGCAGUGAAAAAAGUAACAAGAUUAGGACUGGAAGCUGAAAAAGAAACAAAUUUGCCUGAAUGGUAUUCCCAGGUGUUAGUUAAAGGUGAAAUGAUCGAAUAUUAUGAUGUUAGUGGUUGUUACAUUUUGAGACCUUGGUCAUUUUCAAUUUGGGAAAAUAUCAAGAAUUGGUUGGAUGUUGAAAUUAAAAAAUUGGGAGUUAAGAAUUGUUACUUUCCUAUAUUUGUUUCAAGAAGCGUGUUAGAAAAAGAGAAAACGCACAUUUCUGAUUUUGCCCCGGAAGUAGCUUGGGUGACUAAAUCUGGCGAUAGUGACCUGGCUGAACCGAUUGCUGUUAGACCAACCAGUGAAACAGUUAUGUACCCGGCCUACGCUAAAUGGAUUCAGUCGUACAGAGAUUUACCUAUAAAGCUCAACCAGUGGAACAAUGUCGUACGGUGGGAGUUUAAGCAUCCACAACCAUUUUUGAGGACAAGAGAAUUCUUAUGGCAGGAAGGACAUACUGCUUUCGCGACAUACAAAGAAGCAGAAGAUGAAGUGUAUACAAUUUUGGAUCUGUAUGCAAAGGUGUACACCGAACUACUAGCAAUCCCAGUUGUAAAAGGGCGUAAAACAGAAAAAGAAAAGUUUGCUGGAGGAGACUAUACAUUGACAGUUGAAGCUUUUAUCUCAGCUAGUGGAAGGGCCAUUCAAGGUGGCACGUCACACCACUUAGGCCAUAAUUUCUCAAAGAUGUUCAGCAUUGUUUAUGAAGAUCCUGAAACCCAGGAAAAGAAAUUUGUGUACCAAAAUUCUUGGGGAAUUACGACUAGAACUAUUGGUGUUAUGAUAAUGGUUCAUGCAGACAACCAAGGAUUAGUACUUCCACCUCGAGUAGCCUCGCUUCAAGUAGUAAUCGUUCCCUGUGGAAUCACUGUCACUUUACCAGAAAGUGAUAAAAAUAAAUUAAUAGAAACAUGUGAGCAAUUGAAAUCUGAGUUGGUUAAUGCAGGAGUUAGAGCAGAAACUGACGUCAGAGAUAAUUAUUCUCCUGGGUGGAAAUUCAACCAUUGGGAAUUGAAAGGUGUACCUCUACGAAUUGAAAUUGGACCUAAGGACAUACAGAAAGCAGAAAUUGUUGCAGUCAGGCGAGAUACACUAGGCAAAACAUCAAUUCCUAUGAAAGAUGCAGUUUCAAGAAUUGCCUCUCUUUUGGAAACGAUACAGUCAGCUCUUCUUCAAAAGGCAACCGAUGACUUAAAUAACCACAUGGUAGUCUGCAAGGAUUGGAAAAGUUUCUGCGAACAUCUCGAUAACAACAACAUAAUUCAAGCUCCAUUCUGUGGGGAAAUUGAUUGUGAAGACAACAUCAAAACUGAUAGUGCGAGAAAUGAAGAUGUCGAUUCAAAUGCUCCAUCGAUGGGAGCGAAGAGUCUUUGCAUUCCUUUUACACCACUCUUACCACACUCUCCUGAAGAUAAAUGUGUCCAUCCAAAAUGUUCAAAGAAUUCAAAAUAUUAUACACUCUUUGGAAGAAGUUAUUAAAAGUGUAAUAAGAAAGAUCUUAUUUAAUUUAUAUAUUUAUUUUUAAACUUCCAAAUAAAUAAUAAUACAGUAUA